AGUUAAUAGUUUUUCUCUACUAAUCUCGAAGCUACCAAGCGCGUUAACUUCAGAUUGGCAAAUGACAAUACGAUAUUUUUAACCUCAAAUAUUCUUCAAAAAUAAAAAUGGACUUCAAAUUUGUAAAGACUGAAGUAGGUAGAGAAGUAUGCUUAGUUUGUCUUUAGAUUCAAUUCAUUUAUAUAUAUUCUUCAAGUAACGGAAUUAAAAAUGAGAUCGAAACCAGGGCAUAUUACUCCUUUUUUCAAGAAAGAGCAAAAGAAAACAUCAUUUUUAGUACCAUAUGUGCUGUUAACAAUAGCAUCAGUAAUAGUGUCUAUUGUAGCAGUCAGUGACCUUCAUUGGGAACAACACGUAUCAAUCAAUAGGGGAAUGGUAAUAUUUAUUAGUGGUCUAGUAUUUUUUUCUUCUUUAUAUCUUGCCAUAAAUACUGUUUUUCUACACACCCACUCAGGAAGACGAAUCAUAAAGACUUAUAAACUUAGUUAUAGCGAUAUCUAUGACAUCAGUAACAAGCAUGUAUCAGCUGUUCAGGCACUAUUUUGUUGCAUCACAGGUGUAACAGCUGCGUGUUACAGCUGUAGUCGUGAUGUCCUCAGGACAUCCCACUAUAUAUCUGAAGCAUAUGCUUGGUUUGGAGCGGCAUAUUUUUUCUAUGAUAUUUGGUCUAUGUAUAAAGUUUACAUUGCCAAAAUAGGUAAUGUACAAAUGAAUGGUGAUGCCAAAAGUAAUAAAACCGUCUCAGAAUUUUACCAAUGGAUGAAAUAUCUAGGGAAUAAUUUUGUAAUUGUAGGACAUCACAUAUUUAUAGGAUGUUUUGGAUUCUUAGUCAUAACAUAUUUAAGAGGAGGUUUAGGUGAUUGUUUUUUCGGAUUUGUGUACCUGAUGGAGGCAAGUACUCCCUUUGUAUCUUUGAGAGGAAUUUUAUCCAAAAUCGGAUUAAAGAACACUCCCAUUUAUGUUGUAAACGGACUUAUGAUGUUAACUGUGUUCUUCAUAUGCAGAAUAGCUAUGUUUCCCUAUGUAAUAUAUAUGUAUUCAAUAUCUGUUAAUUUGGAUUUCAUAUCGGCAGUUCAUUCAUUACCCAGAGGUUGUAAAAUAAGUAUAGCAAUAUUGCUGCUACCACAAUUGUACUGGUUUUACCUUAUGGUGAAUGGAGCAACAAAAGUUUUGAAACAUUCCAUUACCAAUAACAAUAUGAAAACCCUGAAAUCCAAGUAACGGGAUUCAUUUCAGAUACUAUGAGAUUGCGUUAAAAAAAGGAAAAAGGUUGUGAUUAAUUACAGAGCUGGGUAGGAUAUUUUGUUACAGUUAUCUAUAAAAUUAGAUGUGCAUCUAUAUAGUAACAUACAAUUUAUAGUUACCAAUUAUAACUGAUUGAAAAGUAAUUACAAUAUAUGGUAUCAUGGAAUUUUCUAUUUUUAUUCUAACAAAAGAAUCUGCAGGGCUUUCUUGAACAAAGGGUAGAGGGAAAAUAUACCAAAUAUAGAUAAGGAGAGAGUUUGUUAGGAAGACUUUGUUUCAAACUAAUAUACAAUAAUAAUUGAAUUGAAAAAUGUAACUACCACUUCGAUGUACCAUUUAUUCCUGUUAAGGCAGCUUGUUGAUGAAGAAAAUAAAAUUUUUCCCCCUAGGAAAUCAAUGUAUCUUUAGAUUUCUGUUUACAUCGUCCUAACACUACGUAAUCAUUAUUUGGCUAUAUAUGAUGCCAACAUUUACACUACACUGUUUGGUUUAACAAUCUUUCUAUAAGUCACUGAUUUGUAUUUGGCUCUAACGAACUGUUCUGAAAAUUCCUAUUCGAAUCUAUGAUGCAGUAUAAACAAAAUUUAUAUACGAGGUGUUAGAACAAUUUCUAAAAAAGUGUUAAAAAUGUAUUUACAACAAAGUGUGUGCUUUUGCUUAGGUAUAUUAUAUAUAUAGAUGAAUGUAUUUUUCAAAGUAUCUAUUUUUUAGACCAUUUCAUGAUCACGAUCAGAUCAGGCUUUUGCUACAAAAAAUUCUUAAGAUCAGAAUAGAUAUUAAAACAAUUUUAGCAUGGAUUAAAGACUCGCUAGGUACACACCGUCGAUGGGGUCAACACAUUUUUUGGUAAAAAAAAAUAAUUACACAGAUACCCCUAGGAAAUAUUUUGUUCGAGAUUUAAACCAGUUUGUUGUUUAUUUGUGUUACCUGUUUACUUCAGAUGUAUAGAAUGAGCGACUAGAAGAGAGUUUUUUUUAGAUAGUAACUGCUACAUCAAAUCCCACAGUACAUCAUAUUAAUCAAAUUAUUUUUUUAACAAUUUUUAAAUACCAAGUUCUAUUAUUUAUAAGUGAUCUUGAAUUCAAAUUGAUUCAUAUCAUAUUUCCAUUUAAUUAUUAUAAAGUGAGUUUAUAAUUCGAUUACACCUUCCAAAGGUCGCAAUAAUAAUUUGUUUAUAGAUAGAUCAGCUCCUGAGGUCAUUCGGAGAAUAUUUAGGGAGGAUACAGGAAAUAAGAGUAGUAGAAAUCAGAAUACGUGGUUUUUCUUAAUGUAGUACAUCCCAAUAGGACAAAUGGACACCAAAAACAACUCUACUAUGAUGUUAAAUAUAAAGUAGACAAAGAUAUGUAAUACAUCCCCCAAACUUUUAAAGGAAAUGGUUUUCAUAUGGUUGAAAAACCAUUACCGGAGUUGUCGUUGGGGGUGGUGCCAAAUAUUUAUUGUCGGACCAUCUUAUAGGCAGAAAGAAGUGUGGGCAUAUAUCUAAAAAGAAAAGAUUCGUUUCGAUUCUAGAAGUAUUAUUAAAGAAGGAAA